AUGCACCUGCCCACCACACUUCUGACUACGGCUCUACUCGCCAAUCUGGCGUAUAGUAGCGACAGCAGCCUCACCUUCUACUCUCAAUGGUACAAUUCGCUCUGCAAUGUCGCGCUCAACAACAUCGAAGGAUGCUCGAUCAAGGGACCUAGGGACCGGUAUAUUGGAACGAUACAAGACGGCCGGUGUGUGAACGGGUCCUGGACCUUCAAGGACCACGGCCAGUGCGAAGGCAACACAUUCAGCUGGUACUGGGAAAACAACUUCCCGCAUUUCACCUACACCAAAAAGAGUGGCGAGAAGGUCUCUCUUGCGGGUGUUACGAACCUCGCCAUCAAUGCGACCAAUACUGUCACGCCCGUGUCAUAUACACCUAGUCCGACGCCUUCGUACUUCCCGGAACUGACCUUCGGCAAUGCAAACCUGGACGGCGAUUGUGUGGUGAACCUGAAUAAUUUCAAGGGAUGUUCGGACUGGAAAAUGGGUCCUAUCGGAGAAGUGCUGCACGGGAAGUGCCAUUCGGAUUCUCAUGGGUCCACAGGAAGUCACAUUUCAUGGGAUUGCUCGGCCACGCUUUUCUGGAGCUGGGAUGGUGAACGGCCUGAUCUCACCUGGUAUGACCACGGUUCUCACGAAAACUAUACUAUCGGAGGUAUUACGGAUCUCAAGAUUGGCGCUAUCAACAAAAUUUAUGUUGCCUCCUCAGCAAGUGUCUCUGUGUCGUCCACUCCUCUGGCGACGCCUACGUCUACUGCUACUCCCUCUGCCACUAUGGUCCCCGGUGGUGGCCCACGAGGCCCCUUCCGGGGAGGCCCAGGCCCAGAGGUGCCCCCAUCAGGUGGGUUUGUGGGACCGAAAGUUUGA